AUGUCAACCUUCAAAUGGCAAAACAAACCAGCAAUAUCAGCAAGAAUCAAAGCGGGUAUGACUGUUAAUGGUGAGCAAGGUAUCAGACGACUGGCAGCGAGGAUUAUUUCUACGGUGAGAAUCUAUAUAACUUCUGAUGUUUCAAAGAGUUGGCUUGGCCAUAUGGUAGCAGCUGUCGAACGCGAGUCGAUAGAUUUGGUAGACAAGACACUAGCUGUCUGUAAUGAAGAAAUGUUGUCAAUAUCAGGACAACCACUUCCUAUUAUUUCGUCUCUAGGCGGACUCUCCAUUAACGUAAUUAGACUAUUUAAUCAGGACAUGGAAAAUUUCAUAAAGGUUAUUCUGACUGUUCCAAAGAAUGCUCAGAUACUUUCUUUAAGAAGGCGAAAGAGCAGAAAAUGA